AUGGAUCCCAUAUCUUCUUCACCAGUUCCUCCUCUCCAAACGCAAACACAGUACUGGACGUUCGAGGAGAAUAAACUGUUUGAAAAUGCACUUACUGAAUUUGAUCAUGUCUUUCCGGAUUUGUUUGAAAAGAUAGCUUGUCGACUGCCCGGAAAAACGAUCGAUCAGAUCAAACAACAUUAUGAAAACUUAGUCUAUGAUGUUGAAAUGAUUGAGGCUGGUUUUGUUCCUCUACCCAACUAUGAGGAAAGCAACGCUAGAGUUAAUUUAUCUUCUGCUCCUGGGGUCGGAUGCCAAGCCAAUAACCAGAACCAACGAAGGAAACCAAAUCCAUGGACGCCAGAAGAACAUAAGUUGUUCUUGGAAGGACUGGAAAAGUAUGGAAAAGGAGACUGGCGGAGCAUUUCCAGAAAUUGUGUCAUAAGCAAGACUCCAACUCAAGUUGCUAGUCAUGCGCAAAAACAUUUCCUUCGCCUUGAAAAAAAUUUGGCUUCUUCUACUACUUCAAGACCUGGAAGGAACCCAACAACCUCAAACACUGAUCAAGCUGCACCGCCAUCUGCCAAUGUUUCUGCUCCGCCAUCACCACCGCCUUUCAUGCCCAUCGAUACUUCACUACUGACAACAUCGUUGCCUUCUUUCUCCGACUUGAGUACCAUUGAAGAACUGGAUCAACUUUUGGCAUCAUAUACCCCUUCCGAUGAUCGCCAGCAGUGA